AAUAUAGUUCCGUUGUCCCAUGGUUACAUUGUAGUCAUAGCACAAGUACUAUAAAUACAUUCUUAAUGUUUUAUUUACUGCAAUGGGUGGAUGCUAAAACUCCUGGCUAAAGUGUCUCUUUCGGUGUUAACACCCAGAUAUCCUGUUCUUAUUUUUGUCUAUACAUUUGUAUGUGUUAGAAACCACCUGCUUUUGAAUGUUACAGAGGUUGAACUGCACUUUCUAGGGAACAUAAAAACAUUACAAUUUUGAGACGUUUGGACGGCGUUCUCGGCGGUAUGUCUAGCUUUUCUUUGGCUCCAACUACAGAAUGACGCAGGCUAUGUCUUCUGCGUGCGCGUCCUCGACAACGUCACGUAAUUAUGCAUCUGCUGUCAAGCCGUGCCCACAUACGGCGUUGUCUCCAAGAGAGGUUUGUUAAGAAUAAAUCUGUGAAGCAUGGCGAUCUGCGAUUAGCGGCUACAGCAUGAAAUGUUUGCCCUGCGCGUCCACGCUUACUUAAGCAACAGCAAACAUUUGCAUGUGGGGGUAAAUUUUAUCUAAAAAAAAGUAAAUAAAUGUAAUCUUUUGUUCAUGUUAUCGUCAUUAUCUGCUCAGGUAGACUGUUUUAGAUUAGCCCUGAAUUUGUUUGAUACCUGAAGCACAAACUAGUCAUGCAGAUUUUAGAAGAUUCUAUAAUAUAAUGCUUUGCCGAAAAAUCCCAAUUUCAAAGGAACGAGAUCUUAACGAAUGAAAGGAUAAAAAGAAGAUGAAACGUAACUUAAUGAAGGCAGCCAAUUAUUACAGAUGACGACAAUGUUAAAUGUAUUUGUCUGUCAUCAAUUUUAUUUAACGCUAAAACUAAAAACUGAAGGCUUGUGUGCGUAUCUGUGGCGGAGUCGUGAACGCGCACGGACAUCAUUUGGCUUGAGUAGCCAGUAAUUUUGUACCACCCGCAAACUCGGAUUCUAGCGACCCCUCUCUCUGCUGUCAAAGCCGGCCUGGAGUGAUACAGUGACGGGAAGUAUUCUGACUAAUGUCUGGGAAUGUUAUUGAGGAAGCAGAAAGAAAUGUUAAAACGUGGUUUCGCGUUUAAUCGUGACAUAACACGCCACACUUUUUAAGCUUUCUUUUAAACGGCUUCAUUAGCUUAGCCCGGCUAGCAGGCUAACAAGCUGAUGUAGCAGCGAUACAUUCACCAAAAUGAAGCAGCAGUCAGUUGUAAUGUCUUUAUUCGUUAUUGAAUUUACACCGUGUAAGCUUAGAGUAUUAUAAGAUGUUGUGAUAGUUGUGAUGUAGUGAGUUUUGGGGCAGGUGAAGAGGCAGACGAGAGGAGGUGCCAGCGGGGUCGCUCAGAUAAGUUAUGAGCAGUUUCAACAUUCGGACCAACAGUGAAAGCUCGGUCAGCAACAACAACACUGAGUGGCGACUGGACAGCGAUGUGUCUCCGUGCUGUCAGCACAUGAGUCCUACAAUGGACACGAUUUCGGCAGAUGUUUCCCCUGUUCAGACGGGGCUUGACGGACAUCUGCCUCCUCUUCACGCCGACAUCCACAGCGAUCAUGGAGGCUUGGUGUUGGACCUGAGCUCCCCCGGCGAUGGCUUUCUGGAAAGCGACUCUUUGGAGUACUGCAGCAGCGAUGGGAACAACGCCAGCCCGCUGUUCGAGAGGAGAAAGAGGUCGAGGUCUAAUAGCUCCAGACCGCGAUUCAACGACGUAGUUACUGAGCUUGCACCCGAGGAGGUGCGGUGGUUUUACAGGGAGGACAAGAAGACCUGGAAGUCCUUCGUCGGACACGACUCCCUGAACAUCGAGCUGGCGUAUCGGAAAUACUGCGAGCUUAACCCAAGGCGAGCGGCAAAACCCCAGGAAGAGUGUGCGACAAACGGUGUGGAGAGCGGCGGAUUGAACGGUACAUUGCCAGAGGAGACGGCGAUGAACAGCGAGAACGAAGGCCCAGGGUCCCUGGACACAUCCACAGUGUCCUCUGAUGAAAGGGAACCAGACAGUACAGAAGUCAAUGUGGACCCAGUGUGUGUCCGAGGUGGACUGUAUGAAGUGCACAUCAGAGAGAGAGAAUGUCUUCCUGUUUACUGGAAACAACAAGAUCACAUCCCAGUGAUGAGAGGCCUGUGGUUCAUUGACGGUACCUGGCUGCCGUUGGAGGAAGAAGAGAGUGAACUCAUCGAGCAGGAGCACCUGAACCAUUUCCGCGGACAACACAUGCAGGACACAUUCGAAACGGAUUUGGUGGUGAAGACUGUUGACAGCAAAAAUGCAAUUCACUAUCUGAAGCUGAGCAGGACCCACGUGGACUGGCACAGCGUGGAUGAAGUCUACCUCUACAGUGAUGCCACCACUUCAAAAAUUGCACGCACGGUUACCCAGAAACUGGGUUUCUCCAAAGCCUCCAGCAGUGGUACACGGCUCCAUCGGGGUUACGUUGAGGAGGCCUCGCCUGAGGACAGAUCCCCUCAAACCACACACAUCGUCUUCGUGGUGCAUGGCAUCGGGCAGAAGAUGGACCAAGGAAGAAUCAUUAAAAACACUGCAAUGCUGAGAGAGGGCGUCAGGAAAAUGGAGGAGAAGCACUUUUCAAAAAACACUGAGCACGUGGAGUUCCUGCCUGUUGAGUGGCGCUCCAAACUCGCCCUGGACGGAGAUACUGUGGAGUCAAUCACACCUGAUAAGGUGAGGGGACUGAGGGAUCUGCUGAACAGCAGUGCGAUGGACAUCAUGUACUACAACAGCCCACUUUACAGAGAUGAAAUCACCAAGACCCUCACGCAGGAGCUAAACAGACUCUACACACUCUUCUGUUCUCGGAAUCCUGAGUUUGAGAAGCAGGGAGGUAAGGUGUCCAUAGUGUCCCACUCCCUCGGCUGCGUCAUCACCUACGACAUCAUGACGGGCUGGGACCCCGUGCGCUUCUGCCUGCAAGAACAUCACCCUUCUGAGGAGGAGCCGGACCUGCGGUGGAUGUCAUACGAUGAGAGACAUCUUCUGGAGCAGCUCCGACUCACAAGGAAUAGACUGCGACUUUUGGAAACCCAGCUUCUCACUUUAAAAGCGUCCAAACCAUCAGCUCCUCCAGCUCUUAAAUUUAUGGUGGAGAACUUUUUCUGCAUGGGUUCUCCUCUUGCUGUGUUCCUGGCCCUCAGGGGGAUCCGCCCUGGCACCAACUGCCACCAGGACCACAUCCUGCCCACCUCCAUCUGCAGCAGGCUCUUCAACGUCUUCCACCCCACCGACCCUGUGGCCUACAGACUGGAGCCCCUCGUCCUCAAACACUAUAGCAAUGUCGCCCCCGUUCAGAUACACUGGUGGAGUGCCAUGAAUCCCACUCCUUAUGAUGAGAUCGGACCAACGUUCCUCAAUCCAAUCAAGGAGCCGACGUCUGACACCGAGAGCAUCCCCAGCCCAAGCACCUCACCCGUUCUUCCCCGCAGGCACUACGGAGAAUCCAUCACCAACCUGGGCAAGGCCAGCAUACUGGGAGCGGCGAGCAUCGGCAAAGGUAUCAGUGGCAUGCUCUUCUCACGCUUCUCACGCUCCAACAGCCAGCCUUCAGUGUCCCUAGGGCUGGACGGUGGAACAAACACUGAGGAAGAGGAGCAGAAACGGGCAGAGAGUCAGUCAGCCUACGGCCUUUCCACCAUGACUCGACCCACUUCACCCACACCUGACACGUCACUGGAGCUGGAACGACGCAUCGACUUUGAGCUCAGAGAAGGUCUGGUGGAGAGUCGUUACUGGUCAGCUGUUACCUCACACACAGGCUACUGGUGCUCACACGACAUAGCACUCUUCCUGUUGACUUUCAUAUACAAGCAGACGUCACCUUCAGCUCAGAGUGAGGAAAAGACGAAUGAAACGCAGACUGAAUCAGCUCCUUAAGUUCACCACAUACACUUGAAUGGUUGAAUGGUGUUUUUUUUCAUUUUCUUGAACAAGACACCACAACAGACUUGAUUCAUUUAUUUCUCAUGCGCACAAAUGGAUUAAAAACAACCUUUCCUUUAUGUCCCUGCUAUCUAGAUAUUUUUUUAUCCACUUGGAAACCAUUACUUAAAAAAAAUAAUGUCAUUCCAAGAUUGUUUUGUUUCUAAACGAUUGUUCACCCCAAGGGUGACAGUGUUGCACCAGGAACUCCUAAGGAGCUGAACACUUUUUCCAAAACAUGUAGUGUAUAUAAUCCUGAGAUUAAAAAAAAAAUCUAAUGAUACCUACAGGGGUUUUUUUCACAAAAUUGAAAAAAAAAAAAAAAAAAUCUGACUUUGUCCUUCACACUUCUUGAACCUCGAGCAACAUCUGCAGCCUGAUUCGAAAGGUUUCCCCUCAAACUACUGAUAACUGCAGUUUCAACCUGAUUGGUGACUGUGACUAUUAAAUACUUUUUAAAUCAAUGUUCAUUUGCAAGAUUGAGAAACAUAAUGCUUGUCUAAUUCAUUUCUGAAUUAGACAAAAACACAGACACAGACCUCUGUAAAUGCUAAGGGCAUUAUCCCUUUAAUGUUGUGGGAAUGUGAAGCACUAACAUGUACACAGUUCUGGAGUUUGUUUCCUUACGCACUAUAAUAAACAUGCACAUGUCACCAUUUUCACAUACCACAGGGCAAAUGCAGAAUCCUAUUGUUUGGAUGGUCUUUAACAAUUCGUAGUAUUAGAAAUACAGCUACAGCUGAACACUCACAGGACUUCAUCAUUUUCCAUCAGACAGUACACACCCUCUUUAUAGACCAGGACUUUAUAGACCAAUACAUACAUAAAACAAUUUCUAGAAAGGUUGGUACACUUUUAUCUGUAUUUAAUUAGCAUACCAUUAUUUUACAUUUAUGCUCAUUAAUUUUGUUUUCAGACCAAAGCCUAAAGAAAAGGAUGUGGAUAGUUUACACCAAUGAUCAACUAGUGGCCCACGGGCCAAAUUUGGCCUGCCAAACAGUCCAAUCCGGCCCAAAACUGAAUUCCUAAAUUGUAAGGAUCAAAGAGAAAAUAUCUUGAGGUGCCCACUAUUAAAGCAACUGGAAAAAACGAUAACUGAAACUUAGAUAACAAUCAGUAAUCCUCACCAUUUAUAACUCUAAACAUUUUAUUAAAGUGUCCUUCCAGAAACAUACUGCCCCUCUGACAAAUAUAGUUGGUGACCUCUGGUGUACAUUUUGACUAAUUUCACCCAUACAACAUAAGCUGCAGUACACUUCACUGAAAGCUGGUACUGAGAGUACUACUUGUAGUUUUUCCCAUAUCCCAUACAUGAUAAAUGAUUUCCUCUGCUCAUCACUUUAUGUUCUCCUGCUCUCACAUCUGGUUUGCAGACAGGCCAGUGAAACACUUGACCUGCUCAUAAACCCGGUCACUGAAAACGGAAUGUCUUUUUCUCUCUUUGUUCCAGUGAAAUACCAAUAGAGUAAAGUACCAAGUAGCUAUCUGACUUUUACUGCAUUACAAAGUGUACCAACUUUUAGGAAAACACGUAUUUUCCUAGUAAUUUUUUUUUAAUCCUCUGAAGAUGAGACCCUGUUUGAUAAAGCUCUUAAUUCUCAUUUUAGUAAAACGGGAUUCAAACCUGGGGCCAAAUAUGGGACUCUUUGCUGUUCAGGUCGUGCUAAGGUUAUUUUAUUCCUAUUCCUAUUAUUAUCAUGUGUGUUUCAGUAACUAAAACUGAUAUAUCUGGAUGAUUUUGAAAAAUGUUGGCUUCCUUAUUCUUUCUGAUGGCCAAACUGAUCUGUUACACAGUAGAUACAUCUAUAGUCUAAUCAAUAACUUAUUUGCAGAAUGUGCCAAGUUUUACUGAAAUGACUGAGUUUUAUUUUUUAGGAAAUCACAAAUGAUUAUUGAGAACAGCAAUGCAUGAAGAAUCUAGGUAAAUAAAGACAAUUUAUUUCAUGGAAACAAAGCCGCACUGUGUAUAGGCUGCACCCAACACCUAAGUUCAAUGAAUGUGUAAAUAGGCAUUUUACAAUGUGUCAAAUGCCUAUUUGUGUCUGUUGUAUAUAUAUUUGUAUAUAUUAUAUAAAUGUGUUUGUGUGUGUGUGUGUGUGUGUGUAUGAUGUAUAUAUGUGUGUUCAUGCAAAUGAGAAAUUAUGCAAAAAUAUAUAGUAAUUAUAGUAUAAUAGUAUAUCAUAAAGUUGGUGGACAAUCUGUGCAUAUAUAUAUUUAUGUAUAUAUGUAUGUAUGUGUAUAUAUGUAUAUGUGUGUGUGUGUGUAUAUAUGUAUAUAUGUACUAAUUUAUCUGCUGCCUGCUUAAAAAACACCUGAUCUCUGUAACACUGACAGAGUACACGCCCCUCAUUUUGGUAUUUUCGCACUCAUGGUUGAUAAAACAGAAUAUAACCUGCGGCUUUAUUUCCAUGAAAUACAUUGGUUCUCAGAGAGUUGUUCAUUUACAUGUGGCAGAUUUUGAUUCCUCACCAGUGUCAAAAUUGCUUUAUAUGCAACUAACUAAUACAUCGGUUAAAAAGUAAUUGUUUUUAUUUACUUUAGCUAAUGUAGACUAAUGUAACUGUUACCCCAGCACAAUCAAGGGCUUUUUGGAAUUGUUAUCCGAAUAGGAUAAAAGGAAGGUCAAAUGAGGUAAAAAUGUUUGUAGUUUAUACCAACUGGACCAGGUGGAUGUUGAGCUGCACAGAAAAUGUAUGGGAAGAAAUGUUUGUUUUUGUUGAUCUGAUGUUGAUGUGAAAUGCAUGCUACAGUUAUGUGGGAUUAGAUGCAGCAAAUGCAUCGGGGAGUGUGUAAUGACAGUUAUGGUGAAGAUUUGAAUGUGAGUUCCCAAAGUAUGUUUAGAUUUUUUUUUCACAAGAGCAAUUAUUAAAACAGCUUCAUUUCACUGUGUUCAUUCUGCAUGCAAAAACAAAUCACUAUCAAAACAAAACUGGAGUUAUGAAAAUAAAUACCACAUCAAAGGUAAGAGUUUAUUUUUGACUUCAUGGGCAUUUUAGUGCAUUCUGAUCAUAUAUUAUUUAUUUUUGUUAAUGCCUAAUACAAGCAUCAGGGAAAAUGUCCACUGUACUUUUGUAGACAAGUUUGAAGCAGUUAUGAGGCCAGGUGAUGGCGCUGUGAUGUCACAGUUGUGUCCUCCGUCUUACACAGAAAUGUUAAUAAAAAAGGGCCUGCAGCCAUAUUGAACGCCACACUGGGAGAGAAAGAAGAAAUGCUCAUUUUUGUUGUUUUUAAUUGUGAACCCAUGUCACAUUGUAAACUUAAAUUGUCUGUGUUUAGUUUUGUGUUUGUUUUUUUGGCUGAACAGUGACCCAUGUCUGUAACUACCAUCUGGAGCAUGGUAUUUAUUUUCUUUUAUUAAAGUUAUUUCCUCA